AUGGGUGCGUUGGAUUUUGUAAAUCGCAUCACGGGUCUGUUCGGCGGCAGCGGCCAGAAAACGCCGGAGGAGUUCAAGGACCUCCCCAAAUAUGAGCGGCUGCUCGAGGAGGAACGCAAGGCCAAGGAAGAAAACGUAGAGUACAAUCUAUCGGAAGCUGCCAACCGGGCCCUGCGCUUCGCGACUGCCUACGGCGAAUGCUACGACCAAUGUGCGGGUCUGGCCCUUAGAGAGGAGUUGAAAGCAGCGUCGCUUGACUCGCUGAUACCGAAGAACGUAGUGCCGGUUGCGUCCAAGGACGCGAUCACGUUCAAGAAGAACCCUGGAGAGACGGCCGUCGCAGAGCUCGUCGGUGAGAUUCUCGGGGAAGACAUGACCGAGCGGCCGAAGGCCACUGCUGAACACCUUAUCAGGCAGCACCUCAACGACGACAUCAGACGCGCUGUGAGGGCACACGAGCUGCAGUGCGAGGUGAAGUGCGCGCAACAGUUCAUGAACCUCAUGCGCUGA